UUAUGUCACAACUCAACGUUAUCUCUCAUCGUUAACAAACAAACACCAUCUUCCUUCCACCCCAAAACCCUAACUAACAACUCUUCAAUGGCGUCCAAGUUCGGCAUGGCCGGCGGCAUACCGGAGCGGCGUGUCCGUCCCGUAUGGGACGCUAUCGACUCUCGCCAGUUGAAAAAUGCACUCAAACUCUCCACCGCCUUGCUCUCCAAAUAUCCUAACUCUUCAUACGCUCUUGCACUUAAGGCUCUCAUAUUGGAGAGAAUGGGUAAAAUGGAGGAAUCAUUAUCUGUCUGCAUUGGUGCUAAAGAUCUUUUGUACAAGAACGACUCAUUCUUGAUUGAUGACCUCACACUAAGCACAUUACAGAUAGUUUUCCAACGGCUAGAUCAUUUGGACAUGGCUACCAGUUGUUAUGAGUAUGCAUGCGGAAAGUUUCCAAACAAUUUAGAACUGAUGAUGGGACUCUUCAAUUGUUAUGUUCGUGAAUAUUCUUUUGUGAAACAGCAACAGAUAGCCAUCAAAAUGUAUAAAGUUUCUGGUGAAGAGAGGUUUUUGCUCUGGGCAGUUUGUAGCAUUCAGUUACAGGUAUUUUGUGGAAAUGAAGGAGAGAAACUUUUGCAGUUAGCUGAAGGUUUACUUAAAAAACACAUUGCUACCCAUAGCUUGCAUGAGCCUGAAGCUCUUAGUGUAUAUAUUUCUCUCUUGGAACAGCAAGCCAAAUAUAGCGAUGCUUCAGAAGUUCUUUCUGGGAACUUAGGAUCACUUAUAAUGAUUGAAGUUGAUAAACUACGAAUACAGGGGAGGCUUCUUGCUCGGGCAGGUGAUUAUGAUGGAGCUGCAGAUAUAUUUCAGAAAGUUUUAAAAUUGUGCCCUGAUGAUUGGGAAUGUUUCCAUCAUUUUCUCGGUUGCUUGCUGGAAGAUGACUGCAGUUUGCCCAGAAUGGCUGAUAGUCCUUCAGUUCAGAUGUCAACAUCGAUUGACUGCCAGCAUAGACACUUGGCGGAUGAUGUGUUUGAUUCUCGCAUAUCACGGGUCUCUGAGUUCGUAGCAAAUCUAAUGACAGAACCAGGCAGUGAUUCUAUAAGAGGACCAGGAUUAGCAAAUCUUGAAAUUGAAAGGAGGAAAAUAAUAUUUGGCAAGGGUAAUGCUGGUAAACUGAUGGAGGAUCUUAUCCUAUAUUUUUCCAGGUUUGGGCAUUUGGCUAGCUUUACAGCUGAUGUGCUGGUCUUUCUUCAAGUAUUAUCCAGUGACUUGAAAAAACAGUUUUUAGAAAAGUUGUUAAGAUGCAUAGAUUCUUCAUCCACACCAUCACGACAUGUUCUUGGGCAACAUAUGACAUUCUUUAAAAUACGAGAACUUAUUGGUGGCACGUUCUCACUUCCUGUUGGAGAUCUGGUCGAUUUUGCAGUUCAAAUGACAGAAAUGUAUUGUCAGAACCUCCCGCUUUCAAAGGACUUGGAUGUACAAGAGAGUAUGUAUGGUGAAGAGCUUCUAUCUAUGUCAUGCAACGUGCUUGUUCAGUUGUUCUGGCGUACAAAACAUGUUGGCUAUUUGUUGGAAGCUAUAAUGGUGUUGGAGCUUGGUUUGAAAGUUAGAAGUUAUGUUUGGCAGUACAAGAUUCUGUUGCUACAUUUAUCUUCUUAUUGGAAUGCUCUUCCAUUAGCAUACGAAUGGUACAAAUCAUUGGAUGUGAAGAACAUUCUCGUGGAAACCGUCUCACAUCAUAUUUUCCCCCAAAUGUUAACAUCUCCACUGUUGGCAGAUACUAGUGAUGUUUUGAAAGGUUACUUAAGGUUCAUGGAUGAUCACUUUAGGGAAUCUGCAGAUCUUACGUUUCUUGCAUAUCGUCAUCGAAACUACUCGAAAGUAAUUGAGUUUGUUCAAUUUAAAGAGAGAUUGCAACAAUCCAGUCAGUACUUAACAGCAAAGGUUGAAGACUCAAUUUUACAACUAAAGCGAAAAGCAAAUAGCAUUGAAGAAGCAGAGUCUGCACUUGAAAGCCUGAAUCAUGGAAGUGACUUUAUUGAUGUUUCAAAUGAGGUUCAAUCCAAGAAGCUGACGUUUAAUGAAGAUCUAAAGUUACGACCUUGGUGGACCCCAUCAAUAGACAAAAACUAUCUCUUAGAACCGUAUGAAGAUAUUUCAUAUUUUCCUAGAGAAAAACUGGAUGUGGCUAAACAAACAGAAGCAAAGGUGAUAAGCAUAGGGAAGAGAUCACUACUUCCGCGCAUGAUUUAUCUGUCAGUACAAUGUGCUUCAUCAUCAAUAAAAGGAAAUUCCGACAUUAACGGUUUUGAUUUUAAAGAUUCCUCAGAGCUCAAGUCUUUGCUUGAAUCCUAUGCAAAACUGUUAGGGCUACCCUUCACGGAUGCAGCGGAGUUGGUUAUUGCUGUUUCCAAUCGUCAGAAAUCUUUUGAGGUUCUCUCUUCUAAUCUAAUUGACUGGAUGAACUUUGCUGUGUUUUUGAAUGCGUGGAACCUGAAUUCUGACGAAUCAAAUAGCAGCUUUCGGUUUAACUGGCAAGUUUUAUGUUCUCUACUAGAGCAAUGCAUUUCCGAAAGAAUAGAUUCUACAAAACCGUUGUUAUCUACUCCUGGGACCGACCUCUCGAUUUUAGUUCAACUAGUGACCGAGCCUUUAUCAUGGCUCGGGCUCAUCAUCCAGUCUUGUGUGCGGUCAUCUCUUCCAUCGGGUAAAAAGAAGAAAAAGGGCGGUCCUGAUCCGUCAAACAGUCAACUUCCCAAUGCUGUCAAGGAUUCAAUGUCAUCGCUAGUUAGCAUGGUGGACAAAGUUACUAAAUGGCUAAAAGAACAAAUUGAUAAACCUGUGGGCGAAGAUGUUGACUUUUUGCUAUCGUGUGUUCAAAGAGAAGAAAACGAUGAUAAACCCGGAAAAGUGGUCAAAGUACUUGAAAAUUUGGUGUCAUCAGUUGAUGUUGUGGAGGUGGGUGAGAGGAUUAACCGGGCGGUUAGAUCUUGGAAGCCUGUGGAUGUUGCACCCAAGAUAGUAACGGCACAGCGAACAGCUUUGACCGAGUUUCUUAACAUUUGUGAGUCAAAAACCAAGGUUUUGAAGGCACUGAAACUUUAAAUACAAGUCUAGAAGAUGAAGUGCAUAGUGAUUUGUCAAAAUUGCAGGCUUCUUGGUUAGAUUUUUGUAUACUUUCUGAGGUUUGAUUUUAGGGUUUACAGUUUUUUUUUUCUUUUUUUUUUGUAUGAGCUGAAAUUUUGGUCAUAAAUAAUGUCUCUUGAUUUGUUGUAUAUUGAUUGCAAUUUUAAAUCAUGUUUCUUUCAGUUUUA